GAGAACUGCCUCCCGUCCGCACAACUGAGCAAUGAACCGGGAAUGAGAAUGAGAAUGAAGAAGAUAGAAACAGAGUCAAGAGGCUCAAACAGCUUCCCCGCACCAAGGUAGUCGUCACAAAGGUGCUGUCAACGUCAACUUGUGCAGCGAGUCGUCAAGGCAUCAAUUUUGGGGCCUUUUGCACACCGUCAGCAAACUGUCCUUCUUCCCAAACGAGCAGUUGGCUUCGUCACCCUCAGACCGCAGCCGCAGGGGGAGAAGACUAGAAGGAAUUUGGCCGAGGUACUCAAAGAGCACAGCAGAAAACGGUGGGAAACAAGGUACCGGCUGUUAGCAGGGCUGCUCCUCCAAUUGGGUGAGGGGUGCUCUGGGCAUUGGAUUACGCGUCCCCCCCCCUCACAGAGCGACACAAUCCCUGUCAGCCUGCAUUGGUUCGUCCAACCAGACCCACUCCCUGCAACGGGAUGCCAAGCGCCCCGACCACUGCCCAUACCGCUGGCCUUCCCAGGCACCCAUAGACUGAAAAUCCCCCCAACUCCCACAACCCGCACCCCUUCCCUCCAACACCUGCUCCGGCUGCCCCUUUGAAAACUACAACAAACCACCUGCCUGCUACAAAUCCACGAAACCACGCAACUCUCGACGACAACGAACACGUCGACGCCGAGAACACCUACCUCCCUGACCUACUGAUCAGUCACUCCUGACCUGAUCACUGCAGUCCUAUUUCCCCUGGGGGGCAAGCUAUGUCAGGGCCUAUGUCAACGAGCCCGGCUGCGACGCAGCCUGGGUUGAUUGAUACCCUCGAUUCUUUUGUCGACUUUUCCGACUACGAUACCAACAACCUCUACCAGUCUCCCUCUCUUUCACCUGCCGGCUCGAACAAGGGCGUGUUUGCGCGACCGAUCAAGGCCGAGACAACAACGGCAAACACCCUGCUCCAGACCAACCAGACGCUAAGCGGGCCCAGCCACCAGUACGACCUAUACAAACAACAAACUGGUAUUGUUCCCGGAGCCAUCGCAACAACCUUUUCGCUCAACCAGCCCAACGCCCAUCUUCAAGGAUACAACACCGGAUUCGGGAGUUUUGAUUAUCUCAACAUGGGCACCAACGAUGAGUUGUUCGAUUUUAACACGGCGCCGUCGCAGGGGUCGAUGACGUCGCCCGAGUUGGACACCAUGGACUUCGACUCGCCCUCAUCGGAUCCGACCUUCUUCUACGAGUCCACCAUCAACCCGAGCAACAUCGGUCCACAGGAGCCAUCCGGGCUGUCCUCGCCGCCGCCUCAGGUGUUCCAGCCCGGUCGCGUUUGGCCCGGCAUGCACCAACAGGCAGCCUUGGCCAAGCAGCAGCAGCAGCAGCAACAGCAACAGCAAAGACAGCGUGCGCAGGCUCAACAGCAACCAAACAAGUCCGCACAGAAGGCCAAGUCACCGCAGGCCAGCGACCCUAUUGUCGAGCAGAAGAUUACUCAGCUUCUUAACUCUAUGCGCGCCAAGACCUCAGAGGAGCCCUCCCAGAACAAUACCGUCCUCAACAUUCCCCGCCCAAAGAAGGACGAGGACGACAUGGAUGAGGAUGAGAGGCUGCUCGCAAGUGAAGAGGGCAAGAAGCUUAGCAGCAAGGAAAGACGACAGCUCAGAAAUAAGGUGUCCGCCCGUGCUUUCAGAUCCAGGAGAAAGGAAUACAUCACCCAGCUUGAAAGUGAAAUUGCCAACAAGGUCACCGAGAACGGCGAUCUUCGUGCCCAGAACCGCGCCCUGGUUGAUGAGAACAAGCGUCUCACCGACCUCACACGCAUGCUUCUUGGCUCUCCCUCCUUCUCUGAUUUCCUCAACCAGUUGAGCGCAAAUCCUCAGAUGCUUCCCCAACCUCAGCCUCAGCAGACCUCCCAACCAGAGCAGCAGCGCCAGUUGCCCAAGGACAUCAACCCAUAUGCCGCCCAACAACAGCUCCACAACCAGCAAAUCGGUCUUGCCAUGGUUCCUGAGCAGGUUGACUUCUCCUCGCUGGUAAACAUGGAGCCCAGCGAUGGCUUCUCAUACCAGCCCCAGGUCUUUGCUGUCCUCGAGACCCCCGAGCCCAUCUUUGAUGCCAACCUUCUCUCUGGCAAGACCAGCAACUUUGUUGGUCAACAGUUCGAUUCGGUUGAUGAUGACAAAGACAUGCCCGUCAUCGAGCAGGCACCGACCCUCGCCGAGGCCAAGAAGCAAGAGCCCGCUCCCAUCAAUGAAGAGUUUGAGAAUAACCCCGAUUUCGUCCUCUACCACGACUCUCCUGCUCCUACCGAGUCAGUGACCAGCCCAGUUGAACUUGACGUCGAGGCCCUCUCCCAGUCCGUGUCUGAACUGGACACCUUCAGUGGCAUUGAACCCGAGAAGGCACUCAGCCGGUACGAACUGGUGAACACUACCGAGGAUGAAGCGGUUGCGGACAGGGCUGUCGCGAGGAUACAACGGCUUACAUCCAAGUUGGAUUGUAUCGCAUCCAGGUUGGAGAUGUUGGGUGUCGGCUUGUAGAAGCGCUUGAUUGCUGCCUGAGCUCUUGGGAUUACUUUUCUUUGUGCAUAUCCUUUCUGGGUCUUCCGUAUAUUCUUUUAUUCGUUUUGAGGUUGAUGAGAGCUCAUCAAGGGCGUUUGGAGCGAGCGGACGGUUACCCUUGGGUUUUCCUUUUGGGACAAGGUUUUGGGCUUUAUUGCAAGGACGUCAUCCUUACACAGACCAAAACGGCGACAUGCGAUGUAUUUCUUUUUUUCGCUUGGAAGAAUGACUGGGUGUAUGACGAUUGAUGAUGGGGGAGGUUCCUUGAGAGACCAUUUGGGAGCUCUACAUGUGAGGAAAGAAAGCAAAGAGCUGGAUGAGCGUACUACGGAUGAAAACAUUCGGUAGAGUUGUUUUUUUUUGUUUUUUUGCGAGAUAGCGAGGGAUAAGGACCAAUGUAACUGAAUGCACUAUACACUAGGUAUAUGUGCCUCAACUCCGUUAAUUUGCAUAUCAUCUAAUUC